UCCUUCAUUUGCUCCUGCUCUCAUCAGUUUUGGUAGGCUAAACUUUCCAAUAGAAAUGGGUGUAUUCCCUGGAUUUGGUGCCUGGAUCAAUCAGAACAAUCAAGAGUCUCCUAAUGCCGAGUCCAAGAGAUCUGAAAAUGUCGAGUCCAAGUCGGCGUCAGAGAAAGACACUAAUAAUGCUCAUUUUAAGAAGAAGAAGAAGGAUGUGAUAUAUUAUGAUUAUAGAGAUUCGAUCAGACAACAAGGGCUUUGGUAUGAAGCAGAGAAGAAGCAUCCGUGGCAUAAUCCCCAUCCCAAGAUCAAGGUGACAAAUAAAAAGGGUCUUUACCAUAUGAACAUAGAAUUGACCGUGGGAACAGCUCCUGAUACACUCUAUGGAUUGAUGAUUGAACCAAAAGGCGGUCCGUUUUUCGAUUAUGAUAAGUGGCGCGACCUAAUGAGAAACACAUCAAGAAAGGUUUUGAAGGAGAAUGGUCCGAGGCGGGACAUCAUGGUGGAGAAAGCUGUAGCUUAUAAAUUCCUUUCGCUGACGACUAUAUCCAUCCCGAUACAUCUAACUAUGGUAGAAAACAGAAAAGAUCUUACGACAAAAUAUAAGAAAGGGAAAGUAAUGUUGAUGAAAGAGUUCCACGGCAACUAUAAAGUGGAGCCUAUAUAUGUAGAUCAAGAACGGCUGUGCAAAAAGAAGUCACCAAAGAGUCCAGAAGAAUAUAAAAAAUGUAGUGGUGGCCGAGGAAGGGUUGCGUCAAAGCUUACAAUAAACCACUACUUCGAGCCAUAUCCUCCAUUUAAUAUACCGCCGCUUUCUUGGUUCAUCCGUGGGAUCACCAUCAAAACCUCCAAAAAGCUGCUCAGCGCGCUUCAGGAGAUGGCUUCGAUUGUACGAAAUGCAAAGCCACCCUCAGAAGAAAUCAUCAAAGCGAGUGAGAAAGAAAUUAUUCAAUUACAUGAUUUUUGAAAAAUAUAGAACUAUAGAAGAUUGUCGUCAAACAUACAGUAGCCGUUUACCGCGUAUUAGCGAUUAUCUUGGUAUCGACUACGUACCGCAGCUAAUAUUGUUUUGUGAAGUUGAAACUACUAAAAAAUUAUUUGUGAUUUAACAUAUCACAAGAU